CGCAUAUCACAUCUCAAUUUGUUGUUUCAAUUACAUCCACAAAACCCAUUUCCUUAUUUCUCAAACAUCUUCUAAAUGAAGAAGUCUUUGGUCAAAUUUUCACAGAAAAUGGGGUUGUCCUUCACGAAGCUUUUUAGCCGGCUGUUUGCGAAGAAGGAGAUGCGAAUUCUUAUGGUAGGUCUUGAUGCUGCUGGUAAGACCACCAUAUUGUAUAAACUCAAGUUGGGAGAAAUCGUCACAACCAUUCCAACAAUUGGAUUCAAUGUGGAGACAGUUGAAUACAAGAACAUAAGCUUCACUGUUUGGGAUGUUGGUGGUCAAGAUAAGAUUCGACCAUUGUGGAGGCAUUACUUCCAGAACACUCAAGGGUUGAUUUUCGUGGUUGAUAGCAACGAUCGAGAUCGUGUUAUUGAGGCUAGGGAUGAGCUGCAUAGAAUGUUAAAUGAAGAUGAGCUUCGGGAUGCAGUGGUGCUAGUUUUCGCUAACAAACAGGAUCUUCCGAAUGCUAUGAAUGCUGCUGAGAUAACUGACAAGCUCGGGCUCCACUCCUUUCGCGAUCGCCAUUGGUAUAUCCAGAGUGCGUGCGCCACCUCUGGAGAAGGCCUAUACGAGGGCCUCGACUGGCUCUCUAACAACAUUGCUAACAAGGUACCUACCAUCCAUCACCUAAUUAAUCAAAUGCAUCUUCUCACUCAUUUUCUAUUUUUUUCUUAA